AUGGACGACCUUUACACAGAACACGUCGAGAGCGCAGACAAGACAUCGCUACAGGACCAGAUGGUUUAUUUUGAAGAAAUAGCCGAAUUUGUGAACACCCGCGUUUAUGAACUCGUGACAGAGAAGGUGAACAAGGACAAUAUAAGAGAGAUACAUAAAAAAUAUCGCAUGAAUGCAUACAACAUAAUGGAUUCGUUGACACCGACACGAAUGAGUUCAAUAAGAGGUUGCAACAUAGAGUACUCAAGAUGUCGAUUCGACAUAGAUAUGGCGUAG